GAUGGAGGUGAUUACCCACCGCUAGCAGAGGGAAGAGGGCUGAGCCUUGAAGCUGCCGGGGGAACUUGAAGAGAGCAGGGGGAGGAGGAGAAGAAGGAUUGAUAUAACAAGAGCCGCUGUCGAUGCGCAGCGCAAUUCUCACUCACUCCAAGUCUUUGAACCAAGACCGAUAAAGGGGAGCGGGCUUUCCAUUCAUUUCACACGCAACUUUUCUUUCUUGAGUCCGUGACGCGGGUCAGCUGCAGAGUAGUCCGUUGACCACAUAGUAUUCAUUUAUUAUUAUUAGUUGUUUUUUUUUUUUUUUUGUUUGUUUGUUUUGUUUUGUUUUUUGCGUAAAAGAGAACCAAGACAACAAGACGCAUCAGAAACUUCUACGAGCGCUCCGAGGUGGGAAGUUUGUUUCCCUUAGAUUUGUGUGACAUUUCUUUUAAGGACUUGAGAUCCUGUCACACUUCACUCUCCUACCGCGUGGAGUGGGAUUUGGAGCCGAAACGGGGACGUUUUCAAAUGCAAAAGUACAUGUAUGAGAAAGCAAUGGCCCAAGAGACAAGAAACGGAGGAACCUCUACGUUAAAUAACAACAAUGGUGUUGACAACAGUAAGAAGAAAAUGCUUAUAGCACUUGACAUCUUCUGUCUGCUUCUUGCUAGCCUGCCUUUCCUGAUCAUUGAGACUAGCACCAUAACUCCGUACCGGCGCGGGUUUUACUGUUCGGACGAGUCCAUCCGCUACCCUCAAAAAAAGGGAGACACCAUAAGCGAUGCCGUGCUUUGUGCUGUUGGCAUUCUAAUUGCCAUCUUCUCUAUUGUGAUUGGAGAAUGUUACAGGAUUCACCAGCUUCACGAGGGAACAAAAUCCUUUGUUGGGAAUCCCUACGUCGCAGCCCUCUACAAACAGAUGGGUGUGUUUAUUUUCGGCUGUGCCAUCAGCCAGUCAUUCACAGACAUUGCCAAGGUGUCAGUGGGUCGUAUGAGACCCCACUUUUUAGAUGUGUGUAGACCUGAUUUCUCCACCAUCAACUGUUCCUUGGGAUACAUCACCCAGUACGUCUGCACUGGAAAAGAGAGCGAGGUGCAGGAGGCCAGAAAAUCUUUCUUCUCAGGACAUGCCUCUUUUUCAAUGUUCACCAUGCUCUACCUGGCUUUUUAUCUACAGUCCAGGUUUACAUGGCGCGGUGCUCGUCUCCUCCGCCCAUUGCUCCAGUUCACCCUGUUGAUGAUGGCCUUUUACACUGGCUUAUCACGUGUCUCCGACCACAAGCACCACCCCACUGAUGUCCUGGCAGGCUUUGUGCAGGGAGCCCUGGUGGCCUACUGCAUAGUGUUCUACGUGUCUGACCUGUUCAAGCCGAGGGUGAAGCCAGCCACACCCCCUCCAUCCCCCAUCAAGAAGGAGCUGCUGCCUUCAGCCGACAUCAUCGAGAGAAACAACCACCACAACAUGGUGUGAGAGAGGCCACAUUUCUUCCUGUGACUGAGGAGCCAAUCACAGCACUGCUCACCUCCCAUCGGACAGUAGAAUGUAGCGACGAGAGACUGUAGCUGCUUCUCAAAUAGCAUCCUCCUUCCUUUUGCAGGGCCCAUCGAGGCACUCUGUGGACAAGGGUGUCAGAUUUGAGAUUUGCACAGCAGAGUCCACUCUCACUAUCCAGACUUAUUAUAUAAUCAUUAUGUUAACUACUAAUCAACAAUUGAGCCCAUUGUUUUGAGCACAAGAAUUGGACACUGAAAAGAAAACAAAAGUGAAUUAAGUAAUUAAUGACAUGACAGGCAGAGCUGGUCUGGAGGUUUAAUGGAAGUGAAACCACACAAAGGGAAAACACUUGUAAAGGAAUACAAAUGAAGAAAAAAGAGAAAAAGAGAAAAAGAGAAAAAGACAAACCCCCUGCCUAAGGAGAGAAGGAUUUCCACUUAUGUUUCCUCUCUGAACUUUCUGUGGCCUUGGAACGCCAUAGGACAACAACUUCCUUACCUAUGGGAAGGAUUUACUGCAAUAAAUAGCAGCAUAGAAAUAUUAACAGUAUAGAACAUAUAACUUAUAGCACUGUUUUUAAGUUCAUUGUCCAUUAUCACCACUUGCUGCCUGAGAUGUCCAUCUACGACAAAACCUGAUGAUGCUGAUGUGCACUAGACAGAAGCUGACUGAGUCUAGUAUGAGAUUUUUGUGAGAAGACAUACUCA